AUGGCUGAUGAAGACCAGGGCUGGUACGAAGAUCCACUCGGCGAGGAGUCGAUCAAUGCGAACGAAGAGCCGAAUGAAGGACGACCAGGAACUGAUGAUUGGAGUGACUGGAAUGAACAGGAAGGUGGCAGCCAAUCGACGAGUCGAAAAAGAAAGAACAAGGAGGAGCCACCCUCUGGAUUGAAAUGGGCCAAGAAAACGCCAGAGCCACCGCCGCAGGCGCUGUCCAGAUGGAGCAGCAACAGCUCCUGGAGCUCCGCAGGAGAGUCGCCAUCGACGUGGAAUUCUUGGAGAGGUGCAGCAACCUGGGUGAGAACGUCCCUGAGACCGUUAUCGUGCCAUGCAAAACGCCCUUUGAGGGUCGCUUGGCAGACAGUGCCUACGAAACGGGGAUCCUGGAGGAGACCAGCGACCACAAGUGGUUCGGAAAGCAGGAGCUGA